GGCGGCCCCGCCGGAGGCGAGCUCCGGGCUCCAGCAUGGCGGCGGCGGUGCGCGCUGCGGGCCGCCUCCCUGCGCUGUGCGGCGUGCCGGCGGGUCACAUAUGGUCCAGGCAGCUUUACCUAAACACCUAUCCAACAGCUUCUGUUUUGGCAUUGAAGACUGUUCUCAACAAUGGCCCUUUGUCAUAUCCAGGAACCAGAGACAACCAUCAUUUCAUCAGCUUGACCCGUGCACUACAGACACAAUGCUGUAUUUCUUCUCCCAGUAAUUUGAUGGGUCAACAGUACAGAUCCUAUAGUUUCUUCACUAAAUUGACGGCAGAUGAGCUUUGGAAAGGCGCUUUAGCAGAGACUGGAGCAGGAGCAAGGAAAGGAAGAGGCAAAAGAUCUAAGAAAAAGAGAAAAAAGGAUUUGAAUAGGGGUCAGAUCAUUGGUGAAGGACGUCAUGGCUUCCUAUGGCCUGGUCUGAAUGUCCCUCUUAUGAAAGAGGGAGCUAUGCAGACCAUUGCCCAAAGAAGCAAGGAAGAGCAGGAAAAGGUGGAGGCUGAUAUGAUCCAGCAGAAGGAAGAGUGGGACCGGAAGAGGAAGAUGAAGAUUAAACGGGAGCGAGGAUGGAGUGGAAACACAUGGGGAGGCGUCAGUCUUGGCCCCCCUGACCCUGGUCCCAGUGGAGAAACAUAUGAUGAUUUUGAUACCAGGAUACUUGAGGUAAGAAAUGUAUUCAAUAUGACUGCAAAAGAGGGAAGAAAGAAAUCAGUCCGUGUCCUGGUCGCUGUGGGGAAUGGUAGAGGAGCUGCAGGUUUUGCCGUUGGGAAAGCCACUGACCGGAUGGAUGCUUUCAGAAAAGCAAAGAACAGAGCAGUUCACUAUUUGCAUUAUAUAGAACGAUACGAAGACCAUACAAUAUUCCACGAUAUUUCUUUAAGAUUUAAAAGGACACAUAUCAAGAUGAAGAAACAACCCAGAGGCUAUGGCCUCCGCUGCCAUCGGGCCAUCAUCACCAUCUGCCGGCUCAUUGGCAUCAAAGACAUGUAUGCCAAGGUCUCUGGGUCUGUCAACAUGCUCAACCUCACACGGGGCCUCUUCCAUGGGCUCUCCCACCAGGAAACCCAUCAACAACUGGCUGAUAAGAAGAGUCUACAUGUCGUAGAAUUCCGAGAAGAAUGUGGCCCUCUGCCCAUCGUGGUUGCCUCCCCGCAGGGAGCCUUGAGAAAGGACCCAGAGCUAGAGGAUGAGGUUCCAGACAUCAAACUGGACUGGGAAGAAGUGAGGGCUGCGCAGGGAAUGAAGCGCUCAGUGUGGUCAAAUUUGAAGAGAGCUGCCACCUGAGCUUCCCCUGGCCUUGUACUGCUGCAGUAGUAGCUGGUGCUGUCCAGCACCUGGAGAGACUCAGCCCCUCACGUCUUGGAAUGUCACUCUCUUUCUAAAGGAAAGGCUAACCUUCUUUAUUUACAAAUAAUAAAUAACUAUAGCUUUAAUUUAUUGAGCAUGUGGUAUAUACCAGGAACUGUGUACAUACAUAUUUUCAAGACUACUUUAAAUAUUCAUUUAAACUAGCAAAAGUCCAUGAAUUAGGAAGACAGAGCUUAUAGCCUGACCCAAUAAAAAAUAAUAUGCAAAAUAAUAAUCGCUAUAAUAAUUAAAACUAAUAAAUAUUAACUUUGAUUUGUCCAAAAUGAAUGUUAUUAACUUCAUUUGACAGAGCAGUUAAGUACUUUACUACAGUCACACAGCUAGAAAGUAAAGGAAAACAGACAAACCCUGUUUUUGACUCUAGAAAUUCUCUUUUUAAACCUCUUUGUGUGGCUGUUUUAGUUGUUGGUCUAGGU